AACGAAGCCCCCGAACUCGCAGUCGCUCCCUCCCUCCCUCCCCGGAAGCCUUGCCUACCGUUCUGUUCAUCCGCCAAUGUCGGUCGCGUCCCUGGCAGCCCUCCGGACUGCCUCUGGCCGCCGCUGCGGCGCGCGUUCCCCCCGGAUCGGCCUCAACGGGGGCAGGUUCUUGAUGAUGCAGAGGAGGGAGCUCGUGACCAAGGCCGGGAUCGCGCUCUCCGUCUGCUGCUCGAUGCCAACCUCCUCCGCCUCGGGCAACGGCUCUGCUCGAGGGCUGGAGAUGUUGCCGUUCAAGGCGGACGGGUACAGCUUCUGGACGUGGAGGGGACGCCGGAUACACUACGUCGAACAAGGCGCUGGGCAGCCCAUCGUGCUCAUCCACGGGUUCGGCGCUUCCGCCUUCCAUUGGAGGUACAAUAUCCCGGAGCUGGCGAAGAAGCACAAGGUGUACGCCAUAGACCUGCUGGGCUUCGGCUGGAGCGAGAAGGCAUUAGUGGAUUACGAGGCCACCAUUUGGAUGGAGCAGGUCUCCGACUUCCUCAGGGAGGUCGUCAAGGAGCCAGCCGUCCUUGUUGGCAACAGCUUAGGGGGAUUCACCACGCUGUUCGCGGCGACCGAGGUGCCGGAGCUGGUCCGGGGCGUCGUCCUGCUCAACUCCGCCGGCCAGUUCGCCGAUCCAAACAAGCCGGCCGCUGCGCCGGCCGAGGAGGAGGAGAGCAACCCCGUGGCCAGGUUCAUCGUGAGGCCGCUCAAGGAAGCCUUCCAGCGGGUUGUGCUGGGGUUCCUCUUCUGGCAGUCCAAGCAGCCGGCCAGGGUCGAGAAAGUCUUGAAAAGCGUGUACAUAGAUUCUAGCAACGUCGACGACUACCUCGUCGGGUCGAUCACGGCGCCGACGGCCGACCCCAACGCCGGCGAGGUCUACUACAGGCUAAUGUCGCGGUUCAUGUCGAAUCAGAGCCGGUACACGCUGGACCGGCUGCUGGGGAAGCUGUCGUGCCCGCUGCUGCUGCUGUGGGGGGACUUGGACCCGUGGGUCGGCCCGGCCAAGGCCGCGCGGAUCGAGGAGUUCUACGCCGACACCACCGUCGUGCACCUGCAGGCCGGGCACUGCCCGCACGACGAGGCGCCGGAGCAGGCCUACAAGGCGCUGCUCGAGUGGCUCGCCGCCCUGGACGCCCGCGCCAAGCCGGCCGAGCCCAGCCUCCAGGCCGUCUGAUCCAUUUGAGGCUUAGCACACAGUAGUUACGUAAAAGAAUCAAGAACGCAACGGUGCGUAGCAUUUCAUUUGUAGUAUUUUGUAGCAAAAGGAAUUCUUAUUGUGAUCCCCAUGUAGCAAUUUUUCGAGCUUCCGGUCACUUUCUCUUCUCUGGGAAAUAAACGCAGUUAUGUUAA